AUGGCGAAAGGAUCGAAGGCUUCCAAAGCUAAGCGCGUCGCCGCUGCCCCUUCUUUGGUCAAGAAGCAGAAGACCAAGAAGGUGGAGAACCCCCUUUCCGAGAAGCGACCAAAGAACUUCGGCAUCGGCGGAACUGUCCAGCCCAAGCGAGAUCUGACCCGCUUCGUCAAGUGGCCCAAAUACGUUCGACUUCAGCGACAGCGGGCUGUCCUCCAGAAGCGACUCAAGGUCCCACCAAUGGUCAACCAGUUUAGCCAGACCCUCGACCGCCAAACUGCCACUGCUUUCUUCAAGCUUGCUGAGAAGUAUCGACCAGAGAGCAAGGGCGAAAAGAAAGCUCGACUCUUGGCUCGAGCUGAGGCCAAGGCCGCCGGUAAGGCUGACGAGCCCGCCUUCAAGCGAACCAAUGUCCUCUCUGUUGGUGUUAACCGAGUUGUUACCGCCGUUGAGAAGAAGAAGGCUUCGCUCGUCGUUAUUGCUCACGAUGUCGAUCCCCUCGAAAUCGUCCUCUUCCUCCCUACCCUCUGCCGAAAGAUGGGCGUCCAGUACUGUAUCGUCAAGGGAAAAGCUCGACUUGGUCGACUUGUUGGCCUCAAGACCGCUUCUUGCGUCGCUCUCACCGAUGUCAAUGCUGAGGACAAGAAUGCUCUCGCCAAGAUUGUUGAGUCCGUCAACACCAACUACAUGGAGCGAGCUGAUAUGAUCCGAAAGACCUGGGGCGGACAGAUCAUGUCUCAGCGAACGAACAACCGAAUCGCCAAGAUGGAAAAGCUCCGAGCCAAGGAGGAGGCCAAGAAGGCUAUUCACUAA